AUGGGGUUCGCCACGGCCAAGGGUACCAAUGACCCCCCUGAAGUCCGCAACUGGACGAUUCAUUUGAUCGCUCUCGUGGCAUCUAUGGCGGCGUUGUCUAUGGGCUAUGACACCGCUGUUAUUGGUGGGACAAUGGCCUUGGACUCUUUCACUGAAAGGUUUGGUCUUAAAGAUAUGCUGAGUGGAGAGCGUGAUAGCACACAAGCCAACAUCACAUCCACUUUUCAGGUCGGCUGCUUCUUCGGUUCACUUCUCACAUUUCCAUUUGCGGAAAAGUUUGGCCGCAAGAAGUCGAUCAUGCUGGCAGCGGCCAUAUUCAUCGUCGGCGGCGUGAUGAUGUGUGCUGCGAAUGGCAUUGUAGAGCUAAUCAUCGUUGGCCGAGCGAUUGGAGGUCUGGGGAUCGGAAUGGCCACGAUGACGGUCCCUGUAUACAUUGCCGAGACCGCUCCGCCCAGUAUCAGGGGUCGUCUGGUUGGUCUUUUUGAAGUUGUCUCGCAGAGCGGUGGCAUGCUCGGGUUUUGGAUCAACUACGCCACCAACCAAACGAUCGAUGUGAAAAAGGACGCACAGUGGAUUAUCCCCUUGGCUCUCCAAUGCCUCCCUGCCACUUUGUUAUUCUUUGGUAUCAUCUUCUGCCCUGAGUCACCUCGAUGGCUUGCAAAGUGCCACAACUUUGAGGAGUGCGAAAAGGUCUUGGUCAAGAUUCGCAACCUGCCUUCCGAACAUCCCUAUAUCCAAAACGAAAUAAGAGAGAUCCGCCUGCAGGUCGAAGAAAGAAGCUCCAAGAGCGACUUCAGAAACCAGUUCAAGAAGCUGUUAACCAAGGGUACUCGUAACCGUGUUGGUGCCGGGGCUUUCCUCAUGUUUCUUCAGUCAUUUACAGGAGUCAACGUCAUGACCUACUAUAGUCCUCGGAUUUUCGAGACUCUCGGCGUCACAGGAACUAGUAACAAGCUUCUAAGUACAGGUGUUUAUGGCGUUGCUAAGCUGAUAGGAAUGAUCAUGUUUGCACUUUGGGUUGUGGAGCGGGUUGGACGUCGCGGCGGCCUUCUUUGGGGCUCGUUUCUUGGUUGCUUACCGCUUUGGUACGUGGGCAGCUACGUGAAAAUAGCUGAUCCUGCAAAGAAUGCAAUCGAUGGGAACAUACAACAAAACGGAUGGGCGUAUUUCGCUAUGGUUUGCAUUUAUUUGAACGGAACAAUCAUCUGUGCAACUUGGCAGGGAAUUACUUGGACCUACGCCUCUGAGAUCUUCCCGCUUGACGUUCGCAUGAUGUGUGUGGCGAUAUCUACUGCGAUGACCUGGCUGGGCUCCUUUGUAGUGGCCCGAGCGACGCCAUACAUGAUCACAGAUCUUGGUUAUGGAACUUUCUUCAUGUUUGGAGGAUUUGUCAUUGCCAUGGGAAUCUGGGCAUACUUCUGCAUCCCUGAAACCAAGGGUGUACCGCUGGAACAUAUGGAUGCUCUAUUUUCUCGACCAACUCACAAGGCUGUAUGGAAUCAGCUUCGCAAUAGACCACUUGCUGAGACAGAUCUUGGCCUUUCCCGCGUCGAUACUUUGGAGAAGAGAAGCGUGGUGGUGCACGAUGAAGAAAAAACGAACCGUGAGUGA